UCUCGGUUGGAGAUGCUCAGACCGCGCCGCCGGAACCCUUCCACACGCCGAAGCUCCUCCUCAGCCCGUCUGCUUGACUGCCGCGGAGUGGAGGGCAGAUCCAUCCGGGCCGACGAUUUUAGGAGCUUCGAGGAUGAGGAGCUGGGCUAAUCGCCCCCACUCAUCCCUUCUCGCCUCUUUCCUCGCGGCCUCUUGCCUUCUCGUGGCCGGAUCACCUCAGGAAUUGCAUGAAGCAUCUGGAUCCAGAAUUCUUCAUCAAACAAAGCCACACACACAUGAGGUGCAUUGUUCAAGGGAAAGGAGCCGUGCAGCUUGGAAAGCUGUUGAUGAGUACUUGAUGCCCUUUGUGGAGAAGGAGAAAUAUGAACUCCCAAGCAAAUGCAGGCUUCGUCCUGAAAACGACAUGUUUCGGGAACAAGAGCAACAUAAGAUCCAUUUUGAUGUUAAUGAGUGGCGUUGUGGCUUCUGCAAGAAAUCAUUUCGAGCAGAAAAAUUUAUCGAUCAGCAUUUUGCAAACCGGCACAAUAAUUUGUUGGAUAAUACUCAAGGAAGAUGCUUGGCAGAUCUUUGUGGAGCACUUCACUGUGAUCUGACAAUGGAGUUCAAGAAACCAAAAAGUAAAUGCAAUGCUGCUGCAGCUGCAAGGAACCGUCAUCUUUGUGAGAACCUUGCGGACAGUUGCUUUCCUAUUAAUCAAGGGCAUUCUGCCAGCCGUCUUCAUGAAUUUUUCUUGCGCCAAUUCUGUGAUGCUCAUACUUGCAAUGGGGGCUCCAAACCUUUCCCCAAAGGUGGCAGGAAACAAACAAACAGAUUCUACCUGGCUCUCUGCAUCUUGACAAUGCUGCUUUUGCCUGUGUUCUAUCUCAUAGUAUUUUUACACCAGAGGGAAAUGAAGAAAGGAGAUCAAGUUUUCAAACGAAUUGGAAAAACCGUGCACAAGAAAAAGCCGUCCUAGUUCCCCGCACGGAUACACAAGAUCCAACAAGCAGUCAUGUGUAAUUUUUGAGAGGUUACAGAACAUAUCCUUUGAUGUAAACCGAAACAUUGUUGACCGCGACAAAUUGCUCCUGGAACUUGGUGCUUACAUGACUGUACAGCCAAUCUAAUGUCAGGAGACUGUUGUACUAUAUUCAAGGAUGGGAAAGGUUAAAGCUAUCUAAGUAUUGUUGGUGUUACUGGGGCUGUAGAUUGUGGGGUAGCAACAUUUACUUUAUCUGAGAUGCUAUCUAUGGUUUUCAUAAGAAUGUUUAGAGGCCCAUUGAUUUGGUUU